AUGGAUGAUAGAAAAAUACUAUGGCAAGAAUUACUGAAUUUUAACCAAAAUAGCCCUUGGUUGGUUGGGGGUGACUUCAAUGCUAUAUUGAAUAAUGAAGAGAAAUUGGGUGGUGCACCAGUAUCUGACACAGAUACCAUUGAUUUUCAAAACUUUUUUAGUUUUAGUAAUUUAGUACAUCUUAAAGCAAUUGGUAAUUUCUAUACCUGGUGCAAUAAACAAGAUGCUCAAGAUAGAAUCUGGUCCAGACUUGAUAGAGUCUUGGUGAAUGAAGAUUGGAUACAUCAAUACACAUCUAGUCCAGUAGAGUUCUUAAUGCCAAGUUGUUCUGACCAUUCCCCUGCAUUGAUUACUAUUGGAGAGGAUAAGUUUGAUGGUAAAAGGCCUUUUAGAUUCUUCAAUAUGCGGAUCAAGCACCCUAAAUUUCUUCCACCUGUCAAAUCUGUUUGGGAGCAAAAUAUUAGUGGAUAUAACAUGUAUAAAUUUCAUACCAAGCUCAAGUUCUUAAAGCCUGUUCUAAAAGAGCUUAAUAAGAAGCAUUUUAUGAACAUCAGUGAGCAAGUUAUUAGAGCCAAAGAUGAAUUAUCUGACAUUCAGAAACAAAUGGCUGCUGAUCUUCUCAACUCAAACCUAAUUGCCAAGGAAAAAGAAGGUAUUAAAAAAUACAUCAGAUUGCUGAAUUGUGAAUAUUCAUUUUACAAGCAAAAGACAAAUAUUUCUUGGAGCUUACAUGGUGAUAAAUGCACUCAGUUCUUCCACUCUUUCAUGAAAAACAAAAGGCAUCGUAACAGGGUACUGUCAAUAUACACUGAGGAUGGAAAAAGAAUUACUGAUAUGCCUAGCAUCAUUGAGGAGUUCACUGACUAUUACAAGAAGAUUUUGGGUACUGCUAUCACUGUUACAAACCCUGAUCAUCAUUGA